AUUUUCAAGAGCAUCAAAGAAUUCACACAGGGGAGAAACCUUUUCAGUGUUCAGAGUGUGGAAAAAAAUUCAUUCGAAGUGACAAUCUUCAACAACAUCUAAGAAUGCACACAGGAGAGAAACCUUUUGAAUGCUCUGAGUGUGGAAAGAGAUUCAGUCACAGUGGCCAUCUUCAAACUCAUCAAAGAACCCACACAGGGGAGAAACCUUUUGAAUGCUCAGAGUGUGGAAAGCGAUUCAGUCAGAGUAGCAGUCUUCAAAUGCAUCAAAGAACUCACACAGGGGAGAAACCUUUUGAAUGUUCAGAUUGUGGAAAGAAAUUCAGUCACAGUGGCCAUCUUCAGACACAUCUAAGAACCCACACAGGGGAGAAACCUUUUGAGUGCUCUGACUGUGGAAAGCGAUUCAGUCGCAGUAGCACUCUUCAGAUGCAUCAAAGAACACACACAGGGGAGAAACCUUUUGAAUGCUCAGAGUGUGGAAAGCAAUUCAAUCACAGUAGCACUCUCCAAAUGCAUCAGAGAACCCACACAGGGGAGAAACCUUUUGAAUGCUCAGAGUGUGGAAAGAGAUUCAGUCGGAGUUGUCAUCUUCAAAUGCAUCAAAGAACCCACACAGGAGAGAAACCCUUUCAAUGCUUAGAGUGUGGGAAAAGAUUUAGUUGCAAUAGCCACCUUCAAAAACAUCAAAGAAUCCACAUGAAGGAGAAAUCUUUUGAAUACUCAGAGUGUGCAACGAGAUUCUGUGAGAGUGGCAGUCUUGUAACAGAUCUAAGAACCUACACAGAGGAGAAACCUUUCGAAUGCUCUGAGUGUGGAAUGAGAUUCUGUCGGAGUUGCCAUCUGGAACAGCAUAUAAAAACCCAUACUGGGGAGAAACCUUUUCAAUGCUCAGAGUGUGGAAUGAGAUUCUGUCGGAGUUGCCAUCUUCAACAGCACUUAAAAACCCACACAGGGGAGAAACCUUUUGAAUGCUCUGAGUGUGGAAAAAAAUUCAGUCGGAGUUGCCAUCUUCAACAGCAUCUGAAAACCCACACUGGGGAGAAACCUUUUGAAUGCUCAGAGUGUGGAAAGAGAUUCAGCCGGAGUUGCCAUCUUCAACAGCAUCUGAAAACCCACACUGGGGAGAAACCUUUUGAAUGUUCAGAGUGUGGAAAGAGAUUCAGUUGGAGUGGUAAUCUUCAAAGACAUCUAAAAAUCCACAUGGGGAGAAACCUAUUGACUGUUCAGAGUGUGGAAAGAGAUUCAGUCAGAGAAGAAGUCUUGCACAGCAUCUUAGAAAACACACCUAGGACAAACCUUUGGAAUGCUUAGAGUGUGGAAGGAGAUUCAGUGAUAUGCACUGUUCUGAAUAGCAGUUAAAAACCAAAACAAAUGAGAAAUCUUUUGAAUGUAGUAUAAGGCCCCUAGCAUCUCCUCAGUUGAGACACCCCAGUUUGAUCCUCAGUCUUCUUUUAGUUCUUUUGAAGGGCACCCCCUUGAAAACUGAAAGUGCAAUGCAGGAAUCUUUGGGGUACAUACUAGAGUGCACUUCUGCUUGUCAAGUCCAAGGCACUUUCAUCAGGAGGCUGGACAUUACAAGGAUUUUUUACAUACCUUCUUUGGGUCUGAUGGCAUGUGGUCAACCGCAUAUCUAAUUCAUUCAUCACAGCAAAAUGAAAUCAUUUCCAGUUAAUGGGUAAUACCUGAAUCAUCAAAGCAGCUCAACAUCCGGUUAAGUCACCACACCUGAUGCUUUGAAAACUUCCUCACCUUGAAAUGUCAGGUGUCAUUUUUUACUCUUCCCACUUAAUUUUGAGGGCAAUUAAAUCAAAUUGUCCAGUCAAUGUCAAAGUUUAUUUUUUGAACCAAUCAUAAUCAUGGGAAAGUUCAGUUCCAUGCAAAACUAUGGAACUUUCCCCAUAAAAGGGAUGGGAGGAAUAAGGUCCAUGAAAAGGGUGUGCCAGGUUCCCCCCUCACUUGUAUACUCCUGCAACCACUUUUCAGGAUCCUUUCUAGCUCUCUUGUGGGACUUCCACUACUUGUGGGAUUUUUCAAUUCUCAGCUUCUCAUUCACCUUAGAUUGGGUAAGUAUUGGCCUCUCUCAUAGAAUCAUAGAGUUGGAAGAGACCCCAAGGGAGAUCAAGUCCAACUCCCUGCCACUCCUGUCAGAUGGCCAUCCAGCCUCUUUUUACAAACCUCCAAAGAAGGAGACUCCACCUUCCAAGGUAGUGCAUUCCACUAUUGAACAGCCCAUAGUGUCAAAAAGUUUUUUCUGAUGUUUAGCUGGAAUCUCAUUUCCUUCACCUUGAACCCAUUACUCCUGGUCCAAGUUUGUGGACCCCUCAGAAAAACAGCUUGCUCCCUCAUCAACUUGACAUCCCUUCAAAUAUCUAAACGUGGGUAUCAAGUCACCUCUUAACCUUCUCUUCACCAAACUAAACAUACUCAGCUCCAAACAUACCCAGCUCCCUAAGUCU